UAUAUUUUUGUAUUUUCUGGGUUGGCGACCAGACCAGAUCCGAUCCGAUCUCCAGCCAACGUUCCACACUUCUUUCCUCGUUCGUGUGUGUGUGUGUUGACUCAUCACUCAAGCGACUGCCACACACACAUACACGCACUUGUCAUUCGAGCGACGGGGCCCCUCCUUCCCAGCGAUGGCGCGUUCAAGCAGCAGUGCGAGCAGCGGAAGCGAGGACGAGGACGAAUGGUCCGCUCCCGCCAACAAUGCCCAGCCAGCCAAGAAGGCCGCAUCAGCGGCAUCGUCGUCGUCAGCGCCAGGACGGCCACGCCGCAGCCAGAGCAACGGCGCCGGCGCCCAGCGUGGAUCGGCUGCGUCCAGCGCCAAGUCAUCCGCCCGACCAUCGCGCAAGGCAGCCGCCGCCAAGGCAAAGCCCAAUAGUCGUGCUGCCAAAGACCGAACGUCCUCAAAGGAGUCGUCCAAGCCAAGCUCAGCGCAUAGCACAUCGCCAUCCUCAUCCUCAUCAUCACCGUCCUCAUCGCCCUCAUCGUCAGCGUCGCCGUCGUCCGAGUCAGAGGAUGAGGAGCGCUCGUCGUCCACGGCAACACGAGCCUCCUCUCGAAGUGCGUCCACAAAGGCACGCUCACGACUCACCAACGCCAUCAACCGGUUGCAGCGAGACUCUGACGACGACGAUGAUGGCGACGACGAUGCAGGAGCCGCAGCGCAGGCAGCAACAUCGGCUGCUGCACGACGCAACAACAACAACGGUAACACAAACGGCGGAUUGCGUUCUGCUGCUGACAGGGCGGCAGCAUCGCGCACACAACGAAAGCCAUCUGCACAAGCUGUUGUCGUCAAGAGUGGCGACCAGCAAGGGCUCGUCAUGAUGGCGCCGCCACCGCCAUCGACCUGCUGCAUUGUUUGCACUGAUGUGCUGCGUAGUGCCCUGCCCCCGCCAGCAGUCACUGAACCUGAGACUGCCUCUGCUGCCUCUGCUGGUUCUGCUGCUGCUGGUUCUGCUUCUGCUCCAGUUGCUCAAACCGAUGACAUGCAGAUCGACGUGUCAGGAGCACCACCAGCCACAGCAGCUCCGCCCGCAGUCGCAGCAGCUCCCAUCGAGCCCAUGCUCACGUACACUCUCACAACAUCACCACAGGGACCGCUCACCCUGUCCGUUGCCGACGCUGCACACAUCCAAUGCUCACGCUGCUAUGCAUUUAUGCACGUGCGAUGCAUCGAGAACGAAGAGAACAAACACCAGGCCGUCUACAUUGCCGCUCGCUUCCCGACCAAUCGUCGUGCACGCGAACUUGCCGACUCGUGGACGUGCGAUACGUGCAAACAGUACCCGGGGCAGCCAGAAAAGCUACUCAUGCACCGCGUCAUCUCCCAGGACGCAGAUGGAAGCAACCAAAAGGUGGACAUUCUCGUCAAGUGGGAAGGGUGCUCGCACGAUGCCAACGCAUGGGUCUCGGGCGACUGGCUGACGCGCGCCUACCGCUUUAAAGUGAUGGGCUAUCGCAAGCGGACGGAUCAGCCGACGGACAUGUGGGUGAGCGAGACAGGGGACGCUGAGAACGAUGUGGUGCGCGCAGACUGGAUGGCCGUGCAUCGCGUCAUUGCCCGCAAGCCAGGCGCUACUCCGUCGGCACCCGACCAGGUCCUUGUCAAGUGGCGUGGUCUCGGCUACGAGGCGUGCACCUGGGAAUCCUCCCAAUCCGACAAGGCAGGUCUCAACGAGGCAAUACAAGCGUUCACCGCUCGCGAGCAGCCAAUAGCCGAAGCAAUCGCGUCGGCUGUCGCAGCCCGUCAAGCUAUGGCGAACAAAUCGGGCAGUGCCGCCAAGAAUCUCCCCGUCAUCAAGUUCCACGAGCUCAAAAGCCAGCCCGACUUCCUGCAAAGCGGUGCGCUGCACGACUACCAGCUGGACGGUCUCAACUGGCUCAUUUUUUCCCGUUCGCGCGGCGUCAAUUGCAUUCUUGCCGACGAAAUGGGCUUGGGCAAGACCAUCCAGACAGUGUCCUUUUUGCGGUCUGUCUACGCGCAAACCCAACUGCAUCCCUUCCUUGUUGUCACCCCGUUGUCGCUGUGCAGCAACUGGGAGCGCGAAUUCGGCCGAUGGACUCCCGAUUUGAACGUCAUUGUGUACACUGGCUCCCAAGAGAGCCGCCAGGUUUUGCGUCAACACGAGUGCUUCCGCGCCAGCAGCAGCAGCAACAACACCACCACCACCGGGUCUGGCAGCCAAGGUCGCGUGCCAAAGUUCCACGUGCUUGUGACCUCGUACGAGAUCUUGCUUGCCGACAUGUCCUUCCUCAAGUCCAUCCUGUGGGAGGAGCUGGUGGUCGACGAGGGCCACCGUCUCAAAAACCAAGAGUCCAAGCUCUUCAAGGCCCUGCAAGCCUUCAACAUUGCUCAUCGCCUGCUGCUCACCGGCACCCCGCUGCAAAACAACCUGCAAGAGCUCUUCAACCUCAUGUGCUUUCUGGAUUACGAAAAGUUUGAGCAGCAGCGCGAGUUUAUUGUCGACGAGACGCUCAUCACGUCUGCCCCCGACGAGGACACGACAGACCGCGUCCGGCGUCUCCACGACAUGUUGCGACCGCACAUCCUGCGCCGUCUCAAGGACGACGUGCUGCAGGACAUUCCGCCAAAAACGGAACUGGUCGUGCCGUGCAAGAUGAGCGCGCUUCAGCGCCAGUACUACCGUGCCAUCCUCACCCGCAACUAUGCAGCGCUCAACCAAGGCGUGCAGCAAGUGAUUACAGGGACGAAAUCUUCCAUGGUGGUCCAGCCGCAGCAACAGCGCGUCACCCUCAUGAACAUUCUGAUGGAGUUGCGCAAGUGCACCAACCACCCCUACCUCUUCCCGGGAGCCGAGCCAGAGUUUGCCGGGGAUUCCGCCGAAGUGGCCGACAUGCAAGCCCAGAGUCUUGUGCAGGCGUCUGGCAAGCUUGUUCUGUUGGACAAGAUGCUGCCCGGCCUUCGCGCGCGCGGCCAUCGUGUGCUCAUCUUUUCGCAAAUGACGCGUGUCCUCGACAUUCUCGAAGACUACUUGUCGCACUUGCAGAUGCCAUUCUGCCGGUUGGACGGCUCGACGCUCAACACGGAUCGCCAGCACUUGAUUGACAAGUUCAACGCGCCCAACUCGCCCAUUUUCUGCUUUUUGCUCUCCACACGCGCGGGAGGUCUCGGCAUCAACCUGCACACCGCCGACACCAUCAUCAUGUUCGACUCGGACUUUAACCCCCACUCGGACAUGCAGGCUCUGAGUCGCGCCCACCGCAUUGGCCAGAAGAAGCCCGUCACCGUCUACCGCCUCGUGACAUCGGACACCAUCGAGGAGGGCAUCUUGCAGCGAGCCCGCAAAAAGCUCUUGCUUGGUCACGUUGUCGUCGAGAAGCUCGAGGACGGUAUCGAUGCGCAGGGCAUGAGCAAUCUGCUCAAGUACGGCGUCCAGUCCUUGUUCGAGUCGGACGAUGCCAAGCAAGAGCUGAACUUGAUGGCGAGCGGCUCCACCGUUUCCCUCACGACCCACGCUGCGGCGAUUGCGAGCUCCACCACCAAAGCCAUGUACGAGGACUCGCUGAUCGAGCAGCUGCUCGACAAUCCGGCCGCCUUCCUGCUGAGCAGCAGCGGCGGCGGUGAGGAUGCAGCCAAGCAGCCUGCCAGCAAGUCGGGCGAUCAACAAGAAGGGUCGGACUCGGACGCCAUUCCCGGUGCCAGUGGGAGCGCGCCCAUCGGCGCAGUCUCGGCCUCUGCUGUUGACGCACUCAAGAGCUUUGCCCUGGCCAAGGUCUGGCAAGAGGAAAAGACCGAGGCGGAGCCCACACCCGCUGCGGACGAGCCAGAGCAGGCUGUUGACCCUGACGCCCAGCCGGCAGACCAGGCGGAGGAUUACUGGGAGAAGCUCCUGCGCGAGCGCCACGAGGCGCUCAACCAGAAGCAAGAAGAGCAAGAAACCGGCCGGCGUGCGCGCAAAAAGAUCAGCUACCUGGACGCCGACCUCCUUGCCAAGCGGCAACGCAAGCUUCUCCGUCAGAAAGACAGGGAGCGCCGCUUGGCCAUCGCUGCUCGGCGCGCCAAUGGCGAAAUCGUCACCGAUGAAGAGGACGAAGACGAUGACGAUGACGACGACGAGGACGAUGACGACUCUUCGAGCGAGGACGAGUACCUCAAUCCCGACAAGGUCAACUCUGAUGAAACGGACGAAGACGACGAUGAAGAUGGCGACGGAGGCGGUGAGGAUGGCGCAGCCGCCGAUGCUGCCGACCUGGGUGACGCCAAGCCGAAAAUGUCGCACGGCAACUCGAUUCUCCGUGGAUCGCGUCCAAGACGUGACAGCUCCAACUCGAACGAGCCGCGCAGGCGUGGCCGACCGCGCAUCUACCCGGAUGGCUACAAGGCGGCGCGCAAGCAAAUGCGGCAACGCGGACCAGCAACCGCCUCGACCGGCAUUGCGCCCGUGGCCCAGCAUCUGCCGUCGCUCCACCGUCUCGCAAUGUCCCAAGGUGGUAUGCAGCACGAGCGACCUGGCGGUAGCUUCCCGGUCAGCCCCAUUGUGGCGUCUUACACGCUUGUGCCGGCCCCGCGUGUGCCCGGAGAGUCUGGCGUCCUGCUGCUGGGCAAGGACAAGCUCCUGUACGAGCUGCACCUUGAUGACAUUGAUCCGUACACUGAUCAGUUGACGGAGGCUGGCCAGCGCAAGCUCGACGCGCUCAUUGCGGAGAAUGCGAACAAACCACCACCGCCAGAAGUGCCAGCAGCGUCCGAGUCUGAAUCGGCUACAGUCACAGCCAAUGGACAGAGCGAAGAGCGACCCGUGCAAGAGGCAGUCCCCGCACCACCAGAAUCAGAGCCAGAGCCCGAGCCAGAACCAGCACCAGCACCAGUACCAGUCGUAUCAACCGCACCGCCAGCAAUCAUUAUCAGUUUGGACGACGAUUCCAAUGACAGCUUUGACUCUGCCGAGCCAACACCAACCAAGCCAAUGCAAACUGAUCCCCUUGCUGCUGCGGUAACGGCUCGCAAUGCACCCAAGAGCGACACAAAGGCUCCUGGCAACCUCGCCUCAGCAGCGGUACCGGCCGAGAUUGCCAAGUCAAGUGAAACAGUGGCGGCUGCUGCUGCUUCAACGGCAAACCCACCUCCACAGCAGCAGCAGCAACAGCAGCAACAGCAGCAACAGCAGCAGGGCCCCUCCGAAACACCCGCUUCGGAAACCAAAGAAUACACAUUCUGGGAGCUGUUCGUUACACCAGAUGAACAAUUCAUGCUUCGUGAGCUCUUUACCCCGGAAGGGACGGCCGCCAAGGAGCAGCCGCUCGAACCAACCGCCAAGCGCGCUGGUGAUGCAAAGUGGGAGGUCCGCCCUCCCAAGCGGCAACGGAUGGAUGGCGUUUUCGAGAUUCGCCCAGCUCUUCCGCCGCGCGGCAUCGCUUUCACUCCAGCUGGAAUACCCAUUGCUGUUAAGCGCGCUCGAGCGUACAAGUCUGGACGCUUCAAUCGGUCUGACACCAAGCCGGUGGGCAUGGAGAGCAAGUUCCACCAGUACAAUCCGGCCGGAGCAGACACGAACAACGCUGCUGCUGCCAGCGCGUCUGCUGCGGGAGACUCGGCCUCAGCAGGUGCCAUCAUGGGCGCUGAAGGCGGCGGCUCAUCGGUGGUGCUGACGGCCAAGAAGACGACGGUCGAUCCCGCGCUGUCCCACCAAAGCUCUCGAACGCCUUCGGCUUCCGACUCGCCAACGCCCUCGAGCUCUCGUCCGCAGCCAAGUCUCCCGCAACACCCCUUGCAUCGGCUGCAGCAGCAGCAUGCUCAAAACCUCCAGUACCGCCACCCGUACCAACAGCAGCCGUCCUACGCCUACCACCAACCUCCAGCGAUGGAUUUGAACUUUCCCCCGCCGCCUCCGCCGCCGCCAAUGUUCCACGACCCCAACUAUGCGCACUUUAUGCAGCAGCAUCAGCAGCAGGUCAUGUACUUUCAGCAACAGCAGCAACAGCUCCAGCAGCAAUGGCAGCAGUGGCACUACCAGCAACAACACUGGCCGCAAGCACCGCAGCAGUGGCAGCAAGGGAAUGGCGAGUACCAAUAUCCGCAGCAGCACUCUGGUGGCGAUCCGCAACACGAGCAAUCGCAUCCGCAGCAGCAGCAGCAGCAACAGCUGCAGCAGCAGCAGCAGCAGCAGCAUUAUCAACAGGCGCCGCCGUCGUCGCAGCAGCAGCACCCACAACAAGCUGAUCACCAGCAGCACCAUCACCAGCACGAUUCUCAGCAGCAGCAACAGUAUCAACAACACCAGCACGAUCAUCAUCAGCAGCAGCAGCAACAACAGCAACAGCAUUAUCAACAGCACCACCAACACGAGCCGCAGCAGCACCAUCACCAACACGAUCCGCAGCAACAGCAGCAGCAGCAGCAGCAGCAGCAGUACCCGCAGCAGUAUGCAACUGGAUAUUCGGAUGCAGCUGGCAAUGCGUACGUUCCUGUCGUGUUUGUCGAUGCAUCCUCGAUGCAGCAAAUGUAUACUGGCGGCUAUGUCCAACCUCAGCAGCAGCAACAACCACAGCAGCAGCAGCAGCAGCAACAGCAACAACAGCUGCAACAGUAGGAAUUGAUUUUGUCGUCCCGUGCCUUCAUGUACAACAAUACUUUGAAUCCUUUUCUAAUACCAUCUGAUCUCUGCACUGAAUCUUUGCUCUUGUUACCCGUAUUUUCC